AUGACUGAAGAAGAGAGCCCAACCGAAAAAAUCAAGAGUUGGUAUUUUCAGAUCGACGAUGAAGGUGAUGUCACAAUGAAUACCUCGUAUGAUGAGAGCGCAUUUUUAGUAUGGAAGGGAAGAGAAUUUGAGUACAGCAGUACACUCGGAUUGGUGAAAACCAUAGAUCUUUCAGGAAAUGAGUUGGUGGGAGAAAUUCCUGCAGAAAUCACUUCUCUUGUGGGUUUGCUUGGUUUGGACCUCUCAACAAACAAUUUAACUGGCAGUAUCCCUCUGAAGAUUGGUCAAUUAAGGGCAAUAAAUUUCCUUGACUUAUCCAUAAAUGGACUUUCAGGGAAAAUUCCUACUAGCUUUUCACAGUUAAGUCAUCUGGGAGUCUUGAACUUGUCCUAUAACAACUUGUCGGCUUGCCUUGGUGACGAACUGCCUCAUGAUCCAAAGUUGAAUGGUGACAGUGAAGAACAACACGAGGAUGAGUUCAUUAGUGCAGGAAUUUAUAUUGGUGUAGGGACUGGCUUUGUUUUUGGAUUUUGGGGAUCAUUUCUGGAGCACAAUCUUGAUAUAUUUGUUAUUAAACCAUGUGGCAACACAGAUGAUCUGAUCAAAUUAAAGGAGCAACUGCUACCCAUUCUCAGUUGA